AUGUCAGAACAAGGUUUAACCAUUCCAUUCCGUGGGUACGAUUAUUCCUUCUAUUGGCACAUGUACUCUCCUCCACAGACUCCUCGUCCCGACGAUGUCAUUCUGGGCCGUGGGGGAAAGAAGCACGAACACACCGGUAAUGAACGGCUCCAAAAGAUGGCUCUGGAAAUGGUUUGUGAGUACAUGAAAGCCAGAAAGAAGGAAAAGGGAAAACUCGCAGAAGAAUUGGUCCAACGGGUGCACCAGAACGGAGGCCGCUUCAUGGAGCAAAAGCUUGAUAAUGGUCCGUGGGAAGUGGUGAGCUUCGACAAAGCAAGAGCCAAGGCACGCGAUUGCCUCCACAGUAUCUUAGCGGAUCCCAAGAAACUACUGAGGGACCGUCUUCGUACCUUUUCCGUGGGAGAUGGCAAUCCAUUUGCCGGGUUGGAAGAAGAUGACGCUGCCGGCACCUGGACCCAUAUGGACGAGGGCAUGGGCGGCGAUACCACAAAUACCACCGGUGACAACAAUGUCGUCAUGGACAGUCAUGGAUUGCAUGACAUGGAAUUCCCCGUUUUGGAUGAAGAUAUGGAUGAUUUGGAUCUUUAG